GUUCAUUUUAUAUUUAAAAGGGUGGUUGGAAAAGAAAUUUAUAUAUCUGUUCGAACACGUUUCCUUCCUGUACCAAUUUGUUACAAGCUUUUCACUUGACCGAGAGAUCGUUGUAUUAAAAAAUUAAGACAUUUUUGGAAAAGGAAGACUUAUUCACAGUUCCUUGUUUAUCUACAAAUGCUUGGAAUUUAUUGUGUACAUUUACAAUCAGAAUUGAAAUCAUGGCCAUUAAAAGAUAAUGGCACAAGAAAAAUUUUAUGCCGUUGUUGAAUUUGAGGAUGGGCUUCAAAUCGUUCCAAAUAAUUGGUUGAAUUCGAAUUUAAACAAGGCUGUUUGGCCAAAUUUCACUAACAACAAGCGUUACUAUAAGGCUGUGAAAUCUAUGGAAAACUCAGAACCUACAUGGAUAGAACAUCCAAUUCAGAAAAUAUAUGCAAAAGACACAAACUAUGAAUUAGCAAGAAGAAAAUUAAAAGAUGCUGAAGAACUAUCAGAUAUCAAUUCUGGCACUGACAAAGAGAAACUUCCAAAAAUGCCUGUUAGGCCUGUACAUACCUCUGAAAAAAUGAAAAAGGCAAAAUUGUCACAGAAAGAAUUGACAGUGAAACAUAAAAACUCAAAAUCAACAUUGGACAGAUAUGAUUGCAACUACAAUGUAAAAGAUAUACCUAAACCUAGUACAUCUAAAAAGAUACAUGCAGAUGAUAAAGAUGAUGUAAAUAAUGACAUAAAUGAUGAAGAUUAUGUAGAUGAUUGAAGAUGAUGUUAAUGAUGAGUCCGAUAUACUCUCGGAACAAUUAUUUGGAACGAAUCUAAAUGAGGAUAAUGAUGAGAUAAAGGGAGAAGAAGUCAUUCAAAUCAAACAAUUGACUCAUUGUGACAAGUCAAGAUGUAAAAACUUCUUCUUUACGGAUAAUGAAGAAAUUGUUUUCUAAUGAAUUAGUAGUGCAAUACAGUUGGUAUGGAGCAAAAAAAAGAAAUUUUUUCGCAGCUAAAUAUCUGCAAAAUAA